AAGCAUUCAAAAGAGAAAGAUGGCCAAUCUUUCAACUCUAACUGGGAUGUUUCUGGUGCUAGAGCUGGCAAUGUCGGUCAGCGCGCGCACUUGGGCUACCAAGGACGAGAAUUCCGGUGGUGGCAGGCCACUAACUGAGGAGGAGAUAGGGGCAUGGAUAAAUGUUCUGAGGGGAGCCGAGAUUGCUCUUGAAGCUGAUAAAAUUCAAACAGCUAGUGCCAUGGUUGCAGGAGUUGCUGCCAGGUUAGAUGCUAUCGAUUUGCCUGACGAUGUGAAAGAAGCCAAGCUUCAAGAAAUGAUGAAAGCAAUUGAGCAGUCGAAGAAGAUAAUAAAUCCAAAGCUGUAGCUCUCAUUAACGCAAUUGGAGCGGAGUUCGAACACCAACACAGAAAUGCGCGAGGAAGAGGAACUCUGCAGAGGCAGUUACACCAAACUGAAAAUUUGCACAGCGUACAGCCGGUGCUAGCAGGCCGUUUGAAAGAUGCCUUCACAGCUAUUAAAGACAGGAAAUAGCCAAAGCUGAACGGAUUCUCCACGG